CACUGCGCUCACUUGGAAGCCGCUGGAGCCCGAAACGUUAGUCAGGACUUUCAAGGUGGUGUUUUAUUUUUAUUUUUAUUUUUUUACACCUCCCAAAUUUAUUUACUUUCCCAUUGAAAGGAAAAAGCUUGCGCCUCAGGUCCUGUAGUUGUUCCAGUUCUUCACUCUCCUCUCCUCCAACUUUGUUGUGUGUUUUUGGUUUUUUUUUUUUUUUUGUGUGUGUGUGUUUGAAGUUGAUCGAUAUGAGUUGGGAUAGCUAUGUGUCCAGCCUCCUUGCCGACGGAGACUGCCAGGACGCGGCGAUCAUCGGCUACAAAGACGGGGUGUCCAUCUGGGCCAGCACCCCGGGUAAAACCCUGUGCAACGUGACGCCCGAGGAGAUCGCUGUGCUGACUGGGAAGGACAGGACAAGCUUCCUGACCAAUGGGCUGACCCUGGGGAAGGUCAAGUGCUCCGUCCUGAGAGACCGCCUUGACACGGAAGAGGAGUGGACCGUGGACCUGCGGACGAAGGCUCCGGGAGAGCCCACCUACAACAUCUCUGUUGCCAAGGCAGGCAAAGCUCUGGUAGCUGUGAUCGGCCACGAGGGUAAGCAUGGGGGGCUCAUGAACAAGAAAGUCUACGACAUGAUGAAGCACUUGAGAGCCUCUGGGUACUAACCCCGCCCCUCGACUUCCUCCUGCACCCUGAUUGGACUGGGACCACAAAACGGAACACGCCAAGAGAACCGCUGCUUUAUCUGGCCACGAGAACUAGUUUAGAAUAAAAAAUAAAUCUUUUUUUUUGUUUUUUUUUUGUAUUAAGUGUUCUAUAUAAUUUGACAGAAGCACUUAAACGGGAGAUAGUAUAUAAAAGCAUUGUGUCCUAGCCGUGUAUCGCCAUGUGUUGCAACUCUGUUUAAAAAGAAAUAGAACUUAACCUGAAAAAAGUCUUGUUUUUUGUGAUUUUAAAUUUCAUUUCUGACCAAGUAAUGUGGGAGGGAUCAACCUGUUUUUUAAGGCUGUCUCGAUUCCAGCAAGUCUUCGCUCCUGUGUACUGGCAUCGUGCUGUGGAGAACUGUAGGAGAGGAAAGGAGCCUCUGCUUCACAGAGUGGUGAGGGGGUGGGGUUAUUUAGCCAUGCUGCCGAAUUGCUGCAAUCCUUUUAGACCUCAAUUUAAACUCAUUAAAGUUUUAGUAAAAACUA